AUGUCCACAGCUGCAUCCACCUCGCGUGUCAGCCGAUACAUCACGAAUCGCUGCAUCUCCAUGCCUGUCCCUGGUGACUGUCAGUUUGAUGCACUUUCUAUACCAGGGAGUGGAUAUCGAGGUCCCACACCUGCCUUAAUCUGCAGCAUCCAGCAAGGACAGGUGGAGCUCUGGGUCUGUGAUGAUGAGGACCGUUGGAAAAUCUCCAGAUCGGAGGACCUCGUGCCAGGAGGUGCCUGGUUCCUGAGCAGAGAUGAGGAGCAGCCUCCUGCGGAAGGGCCUGCAGACCUGGAGCCAUCAUGGACUGGCCCAGGGAGUUUGGGUGAGAUGGACUCCCUGAGACUUGAGAAGGAGCAAUGGCACAAGAGUCAGCACAUCCACCUGAGGAGCGAGACACACCACUGUACUGGGUUUGGGAAGAACUUGUGCUGGCAAGACCAGUCCCAGCAGCAGUGUGCGCAGAGGGAGACGCAGCCACAGCAUGGCACCAAGUGUGGGAAGAGCUUAAGGCAGCCCUCCAACCUGGCCAAGCAUUGGUGCAUGCACGCAAGGAAGAAGCCACACCAGUGUUCAGAGUGUGAGAAAAGCUUUGCCCACUAUUCCAGCUUGGCCCGGCAUCAGAUCAUCCACACAGGGAAGAAGCCACAUCAGUGCUUGGAGUGUGGGAAGAGCUUCACCCAGUUCUCCACUGUGGCCCGGCACCAGCUCAUCCACACAGGGGAGAAGCCACAUCAGUGCUCGGAGUGUGGGAAGAGUUUCGCCCGAGCCUCCCACUUGUCCCAACACAAGGUCACACACACUAAAGAGAAGGCACAUCAGUGCUCAGAGUGUGGGAAGAGCUUCACCCAGUUCUCCACUGUGGCCCGGCACCAGCUCAUCCACACAGGGGAGAAGCCACAUCAGUGCUCGGAGUGUGGGAAGAGCUUCAACCGGUCCUCCAACCUGGCCCAACACCAGCUUAUCCACACGGGAACGAAACCAUAUCAGUGCUUGAAAUGUGGGAAGAGAUUCACUCAGGCCUCCAGUCUGGCCCAGCAUCAGCUUAUCCACACAGGGGAGAAGCCACAUGGGUGCUCCGAGUGUGGGAAGAGAUUCACUCAGGCCUCCAGUCUUGCCCAGCAUCGGCGUAUCCACAGGAGGGAGAAGCCACAUCGGUGCUCAGAGUGUGGGAAGAGCUUCACCCAGUCUGCCAGCCUGGCCCGGCACCAGCUCAUCCACAUAGAGAAGAAAACACAUUAGCGGUUAGAGUGUUGGAAAUGUUUCCCCCACUUCUCCCCCACUUCUCCAAGCUGGCCUGGCACCAGUCCAUCCACACACGGGUGCAUCUGUAAUGCUUCCAGCAAUGCAGGAAGGGCUUGGGGACGUAUACCUGCUCAGCACCUUCUAGUGCAGUGCAGGAAGAGUUCACCUAUUGUUCAGCCCUGAUAGGGCACUGCAGAACCCAGAGGACACAGAGGCUAGCCACCAGGGUUUGAUGCAGGGUUGGGAUAAAAGGAAAGGCCUCAGGCAGAGGCUAGUUCAGGUGCUGGGAGAACCUGUGAGGAGAUGACCUUUGCCUCAGCCUUGGAGCUUGUGCCAUCCCCAUCAUUCUGUGAAAAAGUCAGUGCUCCCAGGGGCAGAAGUGCCUUCACAAUACGGUGCCCUCUCCAAGACAACUGGCUCCAUAUGACACCCAGGGCCUGGCUUCAGUCAAAUAUAAGCUUUGUCCUUCCUCCUGCUCCCAGGGUCCUGGGAUGUGAGGCUCCUGAGUUCCAGGGAGGAGGAUAUUUAUGGUGAGGAAUCAUUCCCUGCCUUCUACCCUGGCCUUGCCUUUCCUCCUCACCACAUCUCUCUCCCAGGCCUGCACAUGUCCAUCAGGGUCUGCAAGAAGCUGCCACUGCCGCCCCAUGAGUCCAGUUUGGCAGUUUUGUUUCUCAACCCCUCACCAUAACUGCACCACCAGGUGCCAGCUGCCCCCCCCCCCCCCCCCCCCUCCCCACCCCCAACACACCCUCUUCAUCCCGGUCUCUACAACAGAUUCUUUGCUAAUCACACCCACAACUUAGCACGAUAUCCCUGCGGUUGGUCUCUAUGUCCUCUCCAGAGCUGUGAAACGGGAACAGAGCAGGGCCCAGAAUCUCUGUGAUUUCCCAGCCCCUUCCCUUCCCUUCCCUUCCCUUCCCAGAGGAUUCACCACAACCCAGGGCAUGUUGUUCACCCUCGGGAGCAGGAGCUGGUCACACUCGAGGCAUUGCAUCCAUGGACCGCUGUGCGGCCAGGACCUGCCCUUCUGGAUGAACCUCUGCCAGGGGGAAGUAGAGUGUCUGUUCUGGGUUCAGUGCGUUUAGUAGAGGGAAAGGAAGUUAGCCUGUGCUGGGUCAUAUCUCUUCUGUGGAAGCAUGGAGAAAGUAUGAAUGCAUCCUGUGGGUAAAAUGCAGCAAGGUGUAAUCUCCCAUUGGGAAUACUGAGGCUUCCCUGCCACUAUCAAAGCCAUUUGGCUCCAUACGUGUCCUGUGGGGCCUACUCCAAGAGGUUAAUAACCCAUCCUGGAGCACACUCACUCAUUUCCUUAACUGUCCUUUCUGCUGAUACCCCGCAGUGUAUUAAACUGCUGCCUCCCUU